ACAGAGCAAGUAUCAAAGCACACUGCUGUCCCAAACUUUCUCUUGUGUGAACAAAGGUUUAAAGUUUUAAACAAAUAGAGGAUUUGUAUAUCCUAGCAAAUUUUUUCUUCACACAUUCUUUUAAAAUUUCCUUGAAAGCACUUCAUCAAUAAUUGGAGAGAAUUGACAAUCCCAAGCUUUCCAAAGCUUUACUAGCAGAGUCGUCUUGUGUGUUUGGUAGAUUUGCUGCUCUCAGGUCUUACCUGUGCUUGUGAAUGAGUAGCUCAGGCUCCUUGGUUAUUUUGAAGAAAUGUUAGACAUGCUUAGGUGAGUGAUGAGUUAGAUGACAGUCUGACCCACUGUUCACAUGAUCCUGGAGGAAAGCAAGGGAUGAUAACAACGGUGAGUCACUCCGAGACUUCAGGUUCGCAGAUCCAGUCUAAAGGGCUAUAUAAAGCGGACUUUAAGGGAACUUGCAGCACGGGAGCAGAGUGAAGAGAGCUGUGCUGGACGGAGCUGGCCACAAUGAAGCUGCUCGCCCUCUUCGUGCUCCUGCAGGUGUCUGCCUCUGCGGCCGCUCCCGGCAAUGAACGAGAAUUUGCUGAAAGGUACUUGACAAAAUAUUAUGAUUUUGAGGAGGACAGAAUUUCAAUGACAAAAUCAAAAGUCAAGAGGAACGUCCUAGAAGAAAAACUCCAGGAAAUGCAGCAGUUCUUUGGGCUCGAAGCAACGGGGCAGCUGGACAACCCUACUCUGAAAGUAAUGCACACCCCUCGCUGUGGCGUGUCUGAUGUGCAGCACCGUGGCGCAGCGUCAUUGAGGUCAAUAUGGAGGAAGCAUCACCUCACCUACAGAAUCCUUAAUUACACUCCUGACAUGAAACGUGAGGAAGUUGACUAUGUAUUUCAGAAAGCUUUUCAAGUCUGGAGUGAUGUGAGUCUUCUGAGAUUCAGGAAGAUUUAUGAAGGCGAGGCUGACAUCAUGAUCCUUUUUGCAUUUGGAGUUCAUGGAGACCCCAAUGCUUUUGAUGGAAAAGGUGGUGUACUAGCCCAUGCUUUUUACCCUGGACCUGGCAUUCAAGGAGAUGCACAUUUUGAUGAGGCAGAAACCUGGAGUAAAAGUUCUUCUCAAGGUACAAAUCUGUUCCUUGUUGCUGUUCAUGAGCUUGGCCAUUCUUUGGGGCUGCAUCAUUCCAACAAUCCAAACUCAGUCAUGUACCCCAGCUAUGGUUUCCUUAACACCAAGACAUUCCGCCUCUCUGAUGACGACAUAAGUAGCAUUCAGUCCCUCUAUGGAGCCCCAGUAAGAAGCCCACCUACGGCGAAUCCGGAGCGUCCCCUGCAGACUAUCUGCCGGCAACGCCUGACCUUUGAUGCUGUCACCACAGUGGGAGAUAAAAUCCUCUUCUUUAAAGACUGGUUCUUCUGGUGGACAUUACCUGGGAGUCGCGCCUCCAAUAUCACUUCAAUUUCUUCCAUGUGGCCAACUGUCCCGUCUGGUAUCCAAGCUGCUUAUGAAAUAGAAAGCAGAAAUCAACUAUUUCUUUUUAAAGAUGACAAGUACUGGUUAAUAAACAACUUAGUACCAAAGCCAAGCUAUCCCAGAAGCAUAUACACUCUGGGAUUCCCCAAGUCAGUGAAGAGGAUAGAUGCAGCCACCUUUGACCCAUCUCGCCAGAAGGUUUUCUUCUUUGUGGAUAAGCAGUAUUGGAGGUAUGAUGUGACGCAACAGGCCAUGGACCCGACUUAUCCCAGACUCAUUUCCACACACUUCUCAGGAGUUGGUCCUAAAGUUAAUGCAGUCUUCUAUUUCAAAAGAUACUACUACAUCUUCCAAGGAACCACGCAACUGGAAUAUGACCCGCGGUGGCACCGUGUCACAAGGAGGAUGAAGAGUACCAGCUGGUUUGGGUGCUAGGAAGGACGCAGUGAAGGAUGCUUGUCCGUGCAAUAAGUACUUAUUCACCAUGUACUACAUUGCAGCAAUGUAACAUGAAGCAGACCACAGAUAACUGUUUACACAGAAAAAUGCCUUUACAAAAGUUAUCCUCUUUUGAUAAAUUUUUCAGUUGAUCCUCUUCUUAAUUUUGAAAGCAAAUAUCUUCAAAGACCUCCAGGUUUGCCCAUUGGUUGUUUUUUUAACAACCAUCAAGUUGGAAAAUUAGAAUUACUUCUCUGUCUUCACUGAAAUUUAACAUGG